CCCGGCCACGUCCUGCAGCGCCACUGCGAAGCGGCCCCGGCCGCGGCCGGCCCCGGCUGCGCCCUGCUGCCCGACAAGAGCCUGGGCGGCGCCAAGGGCAAGGAGCCUGUGGUGUACCCCUGGAUGAAGAAGAUCCAUGUGAGCACGGUCAAUCCCAAUUACACCGGAGGGGAGCCCAAAAGGUCUCGCACUGCCUACACCAGGCAGCAGGUCCUGGAGCUGGAGAAGGAGUUCCACUUUAACCGGUACCUGACCAGGAGGCGACGCAUUGAGAUCGCGCACACGCUCUGCCUCUCCGAGCGCCAGGUCAAGAUCUGGUUCCAGAACAGGAGGAUGAAGUGGAAGAAAGACCACAAACUGCCUAACACCAAGAUGCGCUCCUCCAACUCCUCCACCCUUAGUCAGCCAUCCAAAGCACAGACAGCGGGCCACCAUCAGCUGGAUGGCUCCACACCAAACUCCUCAGCGCUAUAAUUAUUUUUGAUACAUAGAGAGAGAGAAAUAUAUGUUUGUUUGUGGUUUUUUUUUUCCCAGCUGCCUAUUUUUGUUGCUGGUGGUUGACCAUUCGGACCAAACAACUGUGUAAAAAAAAAAAAAAAAAAAA